AUGGCUCCAGCUGUUCCAGAAACCGAUGCCGAAAAGAACAUCGAAAUGUGGAAGAUCAAAAAGCUCAUUAAGAGCUUGGAACUUGCCCGUGGUAACGGAACUUCCAUGAUCUCCCUUAUUAUUCCUCCUAAGGGUCAGAUUCCUCUUAUCAACAAGAUGUUGGCUGAUGAAUAUGGUACUGCCUCCAACAUCAAGUCUCGAGUUAACAGACUUUCAGUUUUGUCUGCUAUCACAUCUACACAACAAAAAUUGAAGCUGUACAACAGAGUCCCCCCUAAUGGCUUGGUCAUUUACUGUGGUGAAAUUUUAACUGCCGAAGGCAAGGAAAGAAAAGUCAACAUUGAUUUUGAGCCCUUUAAACCAAUCAACACAUCUCUCUAUCUUUGCGAUAACAAAUUCCACACAGAAGCUCUGUCAGAGUUACUUGAAAGUGAUUCUAAAUUUGGUUUCAUUGUUAUGGAUGGUAACGGUGCUCUUUUCGGUACUCUUUCAGGUAAUACUAGAGAAGUUUUGCACAAAUUCACUGUUGAUCUCCCUAAGAAGCACGGUCGUGGUGGUCAGUCUGCGCUUCGUUUUGCUCGUCUUCGUGAUGAAAAGCGUCAUAAUUACGUUCGCAAGGUUGCUGAAGUUGCUGUUCAAAAUUUCAUCACCAAUGACAAAGUCAAUGUCAAUGGUUUAAUUCUUGCCGGUUCUGCUGAUUUUAAAACUGAACUUUCAACUUCUGAUAUGUUUGACAACCGUCUUCAGGCUAAGAUCAUCAAGGUUGUAGAUGUUUCUUACGGCGGUGAAAAUGGUUUCAAUCAAGCUAUUGAGCUUUCAGCUGAAACUCUGGCUAACGUCAAGUUCAUUCAAGAAAAGAAGCUUAUCACACAAUACUUUAAUGAGAUUUCCCAGGACAGUGGUAAAUUCUGCUACGGUGUUGACGAUACCCUCAAGGCACUGGAUCUUGGUGCCUGCGAAACUGUCAUUGUUUACGAAAAUCUGGACAUUAUCCGUUAUACUCUCAAGGAUCCCGAGAGUGAAACUCCCAUUAUUGUUCACGCUCCUCGUGAUGCUGCUAAUAAGGACCACCUUCUUGACAAGAACACUGGUGCUGAGCUUGAAAUCGUUGAAGAGCAACCUCUUCUUGAGUGGCUUGCUGAGAAGUAUAGAGACUUUGGUGCUGCCCUUGAGUUUGUUACAGACAAGAGUAGUGAAGGUGCUCAGUUCGUUAAGGGAUUUGGUGGUAUUGGCGCCAUCUUAAGAUACAAGGUUAACUUUGAGCAACUUGCUGAUGACAGUGAUGAUGAAUACUAUGAUGACGACUUUUAA